AUGCAGAUGGUCACUUGGAACGGAGCCAAGCUGUACUGCCGCAUCAGCGUUUGGAACGGCGCAUCGGUGUCCGGUGGCACAUACCCUGGCAACAACAGCUCCGUCGUGUACCAGACCAUUGUCAACACAGGGGACAGGUUCUACCUAAUGUACUCGGUCUCCGACGACUCACCGUACGCGCGCAUCAUGCUCGACUACACCGGCACCAUGAGGCUCCUCACCUGGAACAGCUACUCCUCAUCAUGGAUAGCCACAUCCGAGCGCCCCUCCGGCGGUUAUGGUGUCUAUGGCUCGUGUGGCCUGUUUGGCUACUCUGACUUCACGGGGGCCACCCCCACAUGCGAGUGCUUGGAUGGGUUUGAGCCUGAUCCAAUGAAUUCCUCGAGAGGGUGCCGGAGAGUGGAAGCGCUGAAGUGUGGCAGCAAAAAUCAUUUUCUGCGCUUGUCCGGAAUGAAGGUGCCUGACAGGUUCUUGCACAUCCGAAACAGAAGCUUUGACCAGUGCGCGGCGGAGUGCAGCGGCAACUGCUCGUGCACAGCGUAUGCUUACGCCAACCUCAGCAGUGCAGGCACUCUGGGGGAUCAGACAAGGUGCUUGGUUUGGACAGGGGAGCUUGUCGACACGUGGAAGACCAACAACUAUGGCGAGAACCUGUACAUUCGCCUUGGGGACUCUCCUGCUGCAGUUCAGAAAAAUAGCAAUUUAGUGAAGAUUGUGCCACCGGUUGUAGCAUGCCUGCUACUACUCACGUGCAUAGCCAUUGUCUGGAAAUGGGUACGGCGGAAGAAGGAAAUCAAGAAGAAACUGAUGCUACGAUACUUGGGUGCUUCUAGUGAUCUUGGAGGCAAAAAUUCAGAUUUUCCGUUUGUUAGUUUUGAAGAUAUUGUGGCCGCAACGGAUAAUUUCUCCGACUCCAAUAUGCUUGGAAUGGGAGGUUUCGGCAAAGUUUACAAGGGAAUACUGGAAGAUGACAAGGAAGUUGCUAUCAAAAGGCUUGGCAGUGGUUCUGGGCAAGGUAUAGAGGAAUUCAGAAAUGAAGUGACUCUAAUUGCCAAAUUGCAGCACAGAAACCUAGUUAGACUUCUUAGUUGCUGCAUUCAUGAUGAUGAGAAGUUAUUGAUCUAUGAAUACAUGCCUAACAAAAGCCUGGAUUCCUUCCUUUUCGAUAAUACAAGAAAAGAUGUCCUUGAUUGGAUGACACGGUUCAAAAUAAUUAAAGGGGUGGCAAGAGGCCUUCUUUAUCUCCACCAAGAUUCAAGAUUAACAAUAAUUCAUAGAGAUCUUAAAGCAAGCAACAUCUUGUUGGACAAUGAAAUGAAUCCUAAAAUAUCAGACUUUGGUAUGGCAAGGAUAUUUGGUGGAAACCAGCAGCAAGGAAACACUAUUAGAGUUGUUGGAACAUACGGUUACAUGUCUCCAGAAUAUGUGAUGGGUGGCGCCUUUUCUGUUAAGUCGGACAUCUACAGCUUUGGUGUUCUUCUCUUGGAGAUUGUAAGUGGCUUGAAGAUCAGCUCACCUCAGCUCAUAAUGAACUUCCCAAACCUUACAACUUAUGCGUGGAGAUUAUGGGAAGGUGGAAAUGCAAUGGAACUGGCGGACUCAACAAUUGAUGGUAGCUGUCCAAUUCAUGAAGUUUUACGGUGCAUUCACGUGGGACUCUUGUGUGUUCAACACCAUUCAGAUGCUAGGCCACUCAUGUCAUCAGCUGUGUUUAUGUUGGAGAAUGAAAUAACUUUGCUUCCAGAGCCAGAGCAACCUGCAUAUUUUGCAGCAAGAAAUCAGGAAAAUGGACAUACCAGGGAAAACAUGGAUAAUUCACAAAAUACCAUGAGUAUCACAACACUAAUAGGGCGUUAG